CGUAUCCCAGACGGCCUGAGACCGACGCUGUCUAUGACCAGUUCCUCCUCUGUUCUGAACCGCCCUCGUCCCAUGGCGCCGGAGCCCCCCCGGGUCAAUGUGAAGUGACGUCUGCUCCUGAUCCCAAGCCUGUGCUGGGACCUCUGGGUGAACAGGGUCAGAUCCCCGCGCGUGAAUCUAAAGAAGCCCUGGUCCUUUAGGGGCCCUGUGGAGUUACACCCCAGGCCACCACCUCCCGAGUUCUGACAGAUUCGCUGGAGCUUCAGAAAGUGGGCCUUCUGAUAGAAGGAGUCUUGGGGGUCUGGGGGCUCAGGGGAGAAGGAAGACUGGGCCUGGGACUUCAGGCGAGGGCUGGCCUGGUGGCUCAGGGAACGAACCUGCUGGAAUCGCUCCGCCUUUCCUACCAAGGGUCUGAAGAAACAGGCCCUUCUGUAUCUCUGCCAUGGGGGCCCUGGAGGCCUUCUUUUUGGCAUUGGCUGCAGGCCUGAGCACUGCCAGCCCACCUAACAUCGUGCUGAUCUUUGCUGAUGACCUAGGCUAUGGGGACCUAGGCUCCUAUGGGCACCCCAGUUCCACCACCCCCAACCUGGAUCAGUUGGCUGCAGGGGGGCUGCGGUUCACAGAUUUCUAUGUGCCUGUGUCUCUGUGCACACCAUCUCGGGCUGCCCUCCUGACUGGCCGGCUCCCAGUUCGAACAGGCAUGUACCCUGGAGUUCUGAGGCCCAGCUCUCAAGGGGGCCUGCCCCUGGAGGAGGUGACUCUGGCUGAGGUCCUAGCCGCUCGAGGCUAUCUUACAGGGAUGGCUGGCAAGUGGCAUCUUGGAGUGGGGCCAGAGGGGGCCUUCCUGCCCCCACAUCAGGGCUUCCAUCGAUUCCUGGGCAUCCCAUAUUCCCAUGACCAGGGUCCUUGUCAGAACCUAACCUGCUUCCCACCAGACACUCCCUGCAGUGGUGGCUGUGACCAAGGCCUGGUUCCCAUCCCGUUACUGGCCAACCUGUCUGUGGAGGCCCAGCCCCCUUGGCUGCCUGGACUAGAAGCCCGUUAUGUGUCUUUCUCCCGAGACCUCAUGGCUGAUGCCCAGCGCCAGGGCAAACCGUUCUUCCUGUACUACGCUUCCCACCACACCCACUACCCACAGUUCAGUGGAGAAAGCUUCACAGAGCGCUCAGGCCGUGGGCCAUUUGGGGACUCCUUGAUGGAGCUGGACGGAGCUGUAGGGGCCUUGAUGACAGCAGUGGGGGACCUAGGUCUGCUCGGAGAGACACUGGUCAUCUUCACUGCAGAUAAUGGUCCUGAGUUGAUGCGUAUGUCCAAUGGUGGCUGCUCUGGCCUCUUGAGAUGUGGAAAAGGAACAACUUUUGAAGGUGGUGUCCGAGAACCUGCCUUGGCCUUCUGGCCAGGCCACAUUACUCCUGGUGUGACCCACGAGCUGGCCAGCUCUCUGGACCUGCUGCCCACCUUGGCAGCUCUGACCGGGGCUCCGCUGCCCAAUAUUACCUUGGAUGGUGUUGACCUCAGCCCCUUGCUACUAGGCACAGGCGAGAGCCCACGGAAGUCUGUCUUCUUCUACCCGCCCUACCCAGACGAGAUCCACGGGGUCUUUGCUGUGCGAAGUGGGAAAUACAAGGCUCAUUUCUACACCCAGGGUUCUGCCCACAGUGACACCACUGCGGACCCCGCCUGCCACGCUGCCAGCCCUCUGACCGCUCAUGAGCCCCCACUACUCUAUGACCUGUCCGAGGACCCUGGCGAGAACUACAACCUUCUGGAAAGCAUGGAAGACAUCUCUGCAGAAGUCCUACAAGCUCUGAAGCACCUCGAGCUGCUCAAGGCCCAAUAUGAUGCAGAUAUGACCUUCAGCCCCAGCCAGAUAGCCAGGGGUGAGGACCCUGCCCUACAGAUCUGCUGUCAGCCCAGCUGCUUUCCCCACCCAAUCUGCUGCAGCUGCCCCGACGCCCAGAUCUGAGGAUCCUGAAGAAAUCACAGCGGUCCCCCCCAAGGGUAGCCCAGGACCCCUAGCCCUAUCCUAAGUGUGUGAUGGUUCACCAGAGGGGCGGGGGCAAGUGUGUAGUUUGUAUCUGGUAAUGUAAUAACAUCAGACUUGCAGGUGUGCUAAUUCAUCUA